AAGAUAUGUCACAGUCUCGUGAUGCAGCCGUCCCGGCCGAGCGUCUCCGGAGGGGCGGCGGCGGCGGCUUCAGCUGGGUCUUCGUCACUGUGGUGUUCGUCUUGCUCACCUUCAAUUCCGUCAUGGCGGUGUACCACUCCAAGGGCGACCCGGCCAUCGUCGCCUUCGUCGCCACCUCCUACGCCGACCUGGUUCUGCUCUUCUGCAGCCUCUGGCUCUACAACAGAGCGGCUGCAGGGUCGACGUGGCGGAACCGGCUCAAGGCGUCGGUGUGGACUCUCACCACGCUGCUCACCUUCUCCUUCGCCUACAUGGUCAUGGGCACGGCUGGGCUAACCCUCCCCGUCGCGCUGCUCGUUUGGUUCAUCGCGGCGGCCACCGGGAUCGGCGCCUUUUCUGCCUUCUUCGAGCAGGACAAGUACAUACGCCGUAGAGCCUUUACUUGUCUUCCAUUCACUUCGAACUUCGAAGCACUGCACCACCCGCCGCCGCCCGCCGCGGCUGAGUUGGUCGACGCCGCUCCUUGCCGAGCCCCCAGCUCCCCACCGUGCCCAGACGCUGGUUCUUACCUAGCCGCCGCGAGCUGUACGAUGUCGUUCCAGAGCGUGUACUCCGACACCGACGAUGGCGGUGCUCUGCUCGCAAUGCGCACUCUGCGCCGCGCUCUGUUCGAAGUUGUUCACUACUACUCCCUCCGUUCACGACGACUCUACCCUGUCGUUGGGCACCGCUUCUUAACUGCCUGUUCCGAAGCUCUCCAGUCUCGUAACUCUGCUCUGCGCGAGGAGCUGGGUUCAGGCCGCUCCCUGCAAUUGUGCUAG